GCCAGAAACGAAACGGCGUCGUACUAUGCAUUUCGAGAGGUAAACGAAUAAAUCGCCCGAUUUUCCUGAAGAGGAAACAGAACCGGAAUUUUUCAAACCGGUGGAGUCUUCAGUUCUGGUGAAUGGCUCCGCCCGGAAAAUCUAACGAAGAUGCCCCCAAACUGAAGAAGAGAAAGAUAAAGAGCGGCAAGAUAAUUAGUUCCGUUCAUGGGGAUAACAAGGCAAUUGAUUCUGAGUGGUGGGAUUGUUUCUGGUACAAGAACUCUUCUACCUCAGGUCACUCAGAUGAGGAAGAAGGGUUCAAAUACUUCUUCCGUGUUUCGAAAAAGACAUUUGAUUACAUAUGUUCGCUGGUAAGAGAGGAUCUAAUCUCGAGGCCUCCUUCAGGUCUAAUUAACAUCGAAGGAAGGCUACUAAGUGUUGAAAAACAGGUUGCAAUAGCCUUAAGAAGGUUAGCAUCUGGGGAGUCACAAGUUUCAGUCGGAGCUUCAUUUGGGGUUGGGCAGUCCACUGUUUCUCAGGUGACCUGGAGGUUCAUCGAGGCGAUGGAAGAACGUGCCAGACACCACCUUAAGUGGCCCGGUCCCAAUAAAGUGGAGAAUAUAAAGUCAGAGUUAGAACGGUCCUUUGGACUGCCUAAUUGUUGUGGGGCAAUUGAUACUACCCACAUCAUAAUGACUCUUCCGACCGUUCAAACUUCAGAUGAUUGGUGUGAUAACGAGAAGAAUUACAGCAUGCUUCUCCAAGGGAUUGUGGACAAUGAGAUGAGAUUUUUAGAUAUAGUGACUGGUUGGCCUGGGGGGAUGUCUACUUCCAGACUGUUGAAAUGUUCUGGAUUUUACAAACUGUGUGAAGCUGGAGACCGUUUAAAUGGAAGUGCCAAAAUAACAUUUCAAAGAGGAGAGGUUAGGGAGUACAUAGUUGGUGGUUCUGGUUAUCCUCUUCUUCCUUGGCUUAUUACUUCUUACUAUGAAGAUGAUGAUGGCGAGCUCUCAGAUAGGAUGAAGGAUUUCAAUGAGGCGCAUGAGACUGCAAGAUCACUUGCAGUAAAGGCAUUCUCUCAAUUGAAGGGUGUGUGGAGAAUUUUGAGUAAGGUUAUGUGGAGACCUGAUAAGCGAAAACUGCCUAGUAUUAUAUUGGUCUGUUGUUUGCUUCAUAAUAUUAUUAUUGAUUGUGGGGACUGCUUGCACCAAGAUGCUGCCUUGAUUCGUCAUCAUGACUCUGGGUAUUCGAGACAGAAGUGCAAGGAAGUAGAUCCGAUAGGGAGAAUUAUGAGAGAUGAGUUAGCUAUGCACUUACAUGAUAUGAAGCGGCGUUUGCCAUCUUGAUAAUUAUUAUUUUCUAACCAGAAAGUGAGUCUGGAAUCAUUCUGCUCUGGUUGUUGAGCAAGAGGAGCUGCAAUGUAUCUUUACCUCAUAACAAAAUACCAGAUGAACUUUGCUGGCUACUACAAGAUUGGCUGCCGCUGUUAUGGGGCCAGGGUGAUCCUCAUGGUUGCAGCUUUGAUAGGAAGCUUGUGGGAUAGGGAAAAGGACCAGCUAUAUUACACAUUAGACUCCAUGACUACUCUAGUUUAGAUUUAUUUUCCUUUGUGAGUUCGUUGGCUGAUGAUUUUCUGUCUUUCCUUUUAUAUGUAGUUAAGUUUCAUUGACAAAUAAUGUAUUUGUAAAUGCAGCAUUUCUUUGUAUUGAGCUUUUCUGGAUUGAAGAUAGUAGCGUUUUUUGCACUUUAAGCUAAUCCCAAUGUUAUCACCUCAAGAGUGCACAUUUCAUUAAUUAGGAUCAUCUCGAUUUA